AGGCCUGGAUCCGACAACCCUCAACCCAAAGGGCCAAGCGAGAACCAAGGUGAGCAAAGGAAGAAGGCAAGGCAUGAGGCACAGAUGAAAUUGAUCCAAGAGAAAAAUGUGACCUAUGAAAGGUACCUUGAUCACAUUUCCCUUACCCCAAGGAACGAAGUUGUUCGAAUCAUUGAGGCACAUGGUAUGAAAUUCUGGUUUGAACCGGUUGAUGGUUUUAAUUUGUCAAUGUGUAGAGAGUUCUAUCAAACUCUUAGGGUGGCGGAUGUGAAUGAGGUGGAAGUGUUGAAAACGAAUGUUCGGGGUAAAAUAUUUGUGGUGACCUCUGAUGUUAUUGUGACAUUUCUAGGGAAUUAUGAGAGGCCACCAAAUUUUCCACCACCCUGUGGAGGGUGA